UUACCCAGCGUUCCCUACGAUACUGUAAAAUGGCGGCGAAUGCAAGCACAAACACAGCUGUCUUUGACUGUCCGUCAUGGGCAGGAAAGCCUCCACCUGGACUCCAUCUGGAUGUGGUUAAAGGAGACAAAUUAGUAGAGAAACUGAUCAUUGACGAGAAGAAGUUUUAUCUGUUUGGGAGGAACCCAGACCAAUGUGACUUCACGAUAGACCACCAGUCCUGCUCACGGGUCCAUGCGGCACUGGUCUAUCACAGACAUCUGAAGAGGGUCUUUCUUAUUGACCUCAACAGCACCCAUGGCACAUUUCUGGGCAGAAUCCGCCUCGAACCUCACAAACCUCAGCAGGUGCCGAUUGACUCGACUAUGUCUUUCGGUGCGUCCACAAGAGUGUACACGCUGAGAGAGAAGCCCCAAACACAGAGCAGCUCAACUACAGGAGACAGUAAAGGACUGGAGGAUGAAGAACUUAAGGGAUUGCUUGGCCUUCCAGAAGAAGAGACGGAGUUGGAGAACCUGACUGAGUUCAACACGGCUCAUAACAAACGCAUUUCCACACUCACCAUUGAGGAGGGAAACCUGGAGAUCCAGAGACCAAAGAGGAAGAGGAGGAGCUCACGAGUGUCCUUCAGCGAGGAGGAGGAAAUCAUAAACCCAGAGGAUGUUGACCCCUCCGUUGGACGCUUCAGAAACAUGGUGCAGACAGCUGUGGUCCCCAUUAAGAAGAAGAAAUACGAAGGCCACGGCACAUUGGGAUUGGACGACAGCAUAGCUCGCCGAUUACAGAACUUCCCCCUCAGUGCUGGGCUCUACGGCGACCUGCCACCCACCAGCCACGAUUUUGGAGGCCAGGGGGGCGGCGGCCAGGGAGGCGGGUCAUCUGCAAUCCUUGCCGGUAUGCCUCUACCCUUCCCCAACCCCGCCCCAGAGAUCGAUCUCACACCCACCACUGUGCAGCCCCCUGCUAUGCUGAACCCCACACCUGCGCCAGGACCCUUUAUGGCCGAGCCCCUGAACGAGCCACGCAAGAAAAAAUAUGCAAAGGAGGCGUGGCCUGGCAAAAAACCCACCCCCUCCCUGCUGAUCUAACAUGCAGGACUUCUCGUUUUACAGUGACACAUAAGACUUUGAUGCUUACGUUUACAAGCGUCUGCACGUUUGGACCACAUUUUCAGGUUAUCGGUUCCAAACUCUACAGAUUUUUACAAAUUUACACGCUUCAAAUGCAGAAUGUUACCUGUUGCAAGGCAUUACCACAAGGAUUAUACAUUUUGGGAAUCUGAGGCGUUACCGUGUAGACACACUAUAAACUGGUACUAUCAGCCUGAACUCAUGAAAACAUGGUUGGCAAAGAAUUCUUUCAUAGAAAAAUAUUUAAUUGUUAUUAUUAGGACCUGUAAUUACAUUUUUGGUUUUUUUUGCAAUGACAUUCUCAUAAGAAUUGAGGACAUUUCCCAACACAAAUUCUCAUAACAUCAUUAACAUAAUCUUUCUCAUUCUAGAAUAUUUUCUUUAAACUUUGGGAAGGCAUAUGGCUCUGCAUGUUUCAGGCUUUUUCAGAUAUUUCUGAUGAACACUUAGAUUCACAACGCUUAUACCACAUACAACAAAUAUUGGAUAAAUGCAUUGUUAUAUCAGAGAUACAAGCUGACAGCUGCUGUUUCUGUUGGCCAUAAGGUAACCAGCGAUGGGAUUUUAACAAGAACAUCUAUUUAAAACCUUGUUUUGUGUUGGACAGAAGUGCCAUCGUAUCACUGUUCAA